AUGUCCCUCAAAUACAUUCCAUUAACGGACUUCCGGCUUCCAGACUACCCAGACGCACCCUUGAUUCUCGAUGGCGCACCCCUCAGCAUCAUCGACACAGAAUCUCUAGCAUCAGAAAUCACGAGCAACAAAAACAUCACCAUUCCCCCAGCAAUAGGCAUAGCAACCCUUCUCUACAACUGGCACCCCAAUGCCCUCGCCGCGUUCCUCGAUCUUGAUGCCUGGUUCUCAUUCACAUGGACCGUAUCCAUCGAGCCGUCGACGCCCUCCGGCAGCAAGCUCGAAAUCGGGCGUAUCGGCAACCAAAUCACAUUCGGGCAGCUCGACGCCAGCGGCGAGAACUGGGCGAUGAUGCUAACCUACAACAUCAAGAAGCAAAGACCAAAAAAAGGAACGUGGAUCCCCAACCCAAAAGAAUCCAUGCUCGGCCCCCGCGACAUCACCUCCGCAGCCCUCAUCCCGCGCCUCGCCUCCUCCCUGCUCACGCGGCUCCUCGCCCAACGCCGCUGGGAAACCGGUAAGCGGAUCAAACACCACCUCUCAGUCGAAUACGCACCCAUGGAUAUCUGGGGCGACGGGAUACCCAUGUCUCCGCACUGGCUGUACAAGCCACUCGAUCUCACUACGUGUACUACGUGCGGCGCCGCAGAUGCAGCGCUGCAGCGCUGCGGCAAGUGCGGGACUGCGACGUACUGCUCGGAUGCGUGCCAGAAGCGGGAUUGGAAGGUGCAUAAGGGGGUUUGUACAAUGGGGUUGGAGGAUAGGGGCCAGGCGAUUCGGUUGGCGGAGAAGGGCGGGUUGAUUGCGUGGGAUGAGGAGAGGAUGUUUGCGCGGGAGGGGAGUGGAGAGGGGAGUCGGAAUCCGUAUUUUGAGGGAUGCGUGGGGAAGAGGGUUAGGGCUGUUGUGAAGUGA